ACAACGUUUGAAAAAGCAAAACAAAGGGAGGGCCGCGCCUGAAUUAAUGUUGCGCUCUAUCAGCAAUCCUACAGCACCAUAAAUUACAUUUAUACAACCACUGUUACACUAAAUCCCCAUUUUUUUAAAAGUGAAAAUAUCAUAAAAUAUGAUGACAGACAUUCGAAGCUUCAUUCAAAAACCUCAAACAAAGCUUCAAAUGUAAAAAGUGACAUUCGAUACAGACCACAAUGUUACCUACUCGUAUGGAGCGCACAGCAACGUGUUGUCACUUAUCUAAAUAGUUGAAGCCAAUUAUUCAUGGUGUUUAUCUCUGUGUUGUUCCAGAUGUUUUAGUCCAGGGAUGCACAGAUGCAACUUUUCCUCUCCCAAUAUGAUACCUCAGCCCAGUUUACCUGCAAUACUGAGUAUUAAUAUUAGCCAAAUCAUUCGCUUUAAUGUGUGAAUGUAACACACGUCGUCUUCGAUGGGAAUAGCGGUGACCUACCAAUACGUGCCAAGAGAAGACUUUCUGUAUCUCUUUAUUAAAUCAUCUUGUAAGGACAAGCUUCGGUGUGGCAUAUUCACAUGCACUUGCACGUACAUUUCCAUAUGUAUGUGUGUGUGUGCGUGUGUCUGUGUAUUUAUAAAGGAGAGGUCCGAGGCAGAAGGGGGGAUGACAUGCAUGUGUCCGGCCUGCUAAGAUCGCUGACGACUCACACACUAACCGACAGACCGCCCUCGCGACAUGACGGACGUACUGGUAAACCAACUGCAUCUCUUCCUCCCUCUGUCUACCAGAUUCCUUUUCUUGCUUUUCCUCUCUUUGUUCAUCUCUUUGUGUCUCAAUAAAACAUCUGUCUGCUAGCAAAGACACAGGCCAAUGGCAAUAAUAGCAAUAAUAGACUUCUCCUCUAGAGUUGUUCCUGUAGCGAUACUGAUACAGCCUUCUGCUCACAGGAACAAAGAACAACAACACAUAUCACUCGCUACCCGAUCUGUAUGUACUGCUUAGUUGGUAUUGCUCAUGUGCAAACUAGUACAACACACCUGUGGUGUAACACUCUCGUGGUGUAACACUCUCGUGCAACCUAUUUUUCCAGAUACUUUAUUGAUACAUUGCGAACAAGAAAUCGGUGUUGAGAAGCUUACAUUAUUAUGAUACGAAAGGCAGUUUAAUCAGGAGGUUCUGACUCCUGAAGACAAGGGACAAGUGUCACUAUUACACAAGGUUAAACCAUGACGAGCUCGAAAUCCAUAAAACAAGCCUGAAAAAUAACGAAAUCUGAAACAGUUAUGAGAUUAUGAGAUUUCAGUGUUUUCUCUCCCCUUGUCUCCUCGUUAUCUUUCUCUUAAAUUUAAUUGUCAUUUCAUUUCCCCUUGUUGCUUCCAAUGUUGACGAUAUACAACUGCUGUCAGCUUGGCUCCCUCAUAUCUGCUUGUCGUUUCUCUGUCCCCUCUCUUUGUCCCCCUUCACCUUCUAUCUUUUCCUCUCACUUUUUCUCUCACUCUCUCCCUAACUUUUUUCUUAUCUCACUCCCUCCCAUUCCUCCCAUUCCCUCCACUCUUUUGUUUUCUUUUAUUAUCUCUGCCUCUCACCCACUUUCCCUCUUCAUAUCCCCCCUCUCUUUCUCCAAUUCUUCCUCCCCUUAGGGUUACUAACAACCUAACAAGACAGGGGUGUCUACUUUUGGCCAUGCAAUGUACACCUUCAUUUAAUCAUGGGGGAAAGCAGGACAACAGCAAAGCUUUUCUGAGCAGUCCUGCAAACCGCUGGCCUCUUUUCUUAUCUCUAGUCUCCUUCCUUUUAAAGAAUAAGGGAUAGAGACACAGCAGAGGUGAGACAUUCCUGCAUUGAUACCUGGGGCAUUUAUGUAGCUUAAGGGAUACAUAGUCAGAUUUGUAAAGUUUGGUUGUUCUUGUGAAAGAAAAAUGUUGACAAGUCCAGACUGGACUCCAGGGGUGUCCAAGUUUGGAGGGAGAAGGAAUGUAAAUGUUGGGUUUUAGCAGCAUUUCUUCCCUUAAAGCCAUCUUGGCAUGAAUGGGCCCAUGCAGUCAUGACGGGUUGGGUUGUUGUGCGUGGGUGUGCAUGUGUAGACACCAGGUCUGAUUCAUCAAGUUUCAGAAAGAAACCAAGAAGCGCUGUGUGUCACAAUACCUCUGACUCUGUUUCCUGCCUCUCUCUCUUUCUCUCGCUCUCUUUUCCUGUUGCAUUGGACUGGCUUUCGUCUCUCUUCCUCCUUCGCUGGAGUGAAUGCUUGUUGAUUGAUGGAAGAGUGCGAGAAAAUCAAAAGAAGAAGCCGUUAGUUAUUUCAUUCAGUCGUCCAUCCUCGAUCCGCCAUUGAAUCGACUCGUCCCUGUACACAGGUCCAAUCCCGGCCGAGCGAGGGGGCGAGCUGGCCAUGGGGGGAGGUCGCAGCGAGACCUCGGCACUGAGCGGGACGGGAGGGGGGCGGGGCAUGACCACUACGCAGAAUUCCCAACGGCCCAACGCCUGCUGCUUCUGCUGGUGCUGCUGUUGCAGCUGCUCAUGGAAUGAAGAGGAGAGGCGGAGGAGGAGGAAGAGAAUAUCACAGGACACCAAGAUGGAAACCAUACCAAACUGUGAAGCUUGCGCCAGACCGUCAGCGGAAGAGAUCCGUCUGUGGUCUCAGUCUUUCGACAAGCUGAUGAGGAACCCUGCGGGUCGAAAUGUUUUUCGGGAGUUCCUUCGGACGGAGUACAGCGAGGAGAACAUGCUGUUCUGGCUGGCCUGCGAAGACCUCAAACAGGAAAUCAACAAGGGCGCAAUUGAGGAGAAAGCAAACUCCAUCUACGAGGACUACAUUUCCAUACUGUCGCCAAAAGAGGUGAGUCUGGACGCCCGGGUUCGAGAGGUGAUCAACAGGAAGAUGCAGGACCCGACAACUCAGUCGUUCGAAGACGCCCAGCUACAGAUCUACACGUUGAUGCACAGGGACUCCUACCCACGAUUCCUCUCCUCCAGCAUCUACAAGUCGCUCCUUCACGGCGGCUCGCGUACCUCCUCUGAAUCCUAGUCCCACACCUCCUCCCCAUCUUCUGAUCCUGCAGUUACAGGAUCGAUGCCAGACCAUUUCAUCGCAGAUCCAGCACAAAACUUUCCAAAAAUGAUCAGACAACUCCUCGCCUCCUCAGUUCACUUCUGAGAAUCUCAAAUCUCUCCCGAUUACUGCCAAGACUUUCUUCUCAUUUCUCCUUUUUUGUUUCUUCUCCAUAUCCUCAACUUUUGGUAUUGUUGCCAAGACCUCCUGUCCUCCUCUCAGCUUUCGUCUCCAGUUGACUCCUCUCUUCUUUAUUUCUAUUCUUGUUGCUUUGUUCUCAUUAAAUCUUCUUUUUCGCAAUCUGAUCCUUUUCUUCAUUCUUCCAUUCUUUUUCACUAGUAAUACCAGUAUUUGCCAGGUAAUAGUUGCCAUAAAACGUUAAGUUUGAUUGGAAAGAAUUUAAUUUAAACAAUAUCUUAACUAUUUUUACUUAAAAACUUAAUUUUCAUUUUUAUUGUCAGGAUGGAAAAUAAUCUGUAAGAGUAGGCCAAUAUUGGUUUUUAAAAUAAACUCCCUUACACCCUAACAAGCAAACGCUUUGGAUUAGUUUGACAGGGUCAAACAAGGGUCCACUUACUAUCUUUUUUCUACAGCUUUCAACUUAAUCUCACAGUCUUCCUCAGUGGAUGGGGUUUGCACAAUCUGAGAGGUCUGAGCAAACACUUUCUGGAAGGAUGUGGUCCAAAGGUCUGGAAAAAACUAAGUAAGUGGACCUUGAGUAAGACUACAGCCUGAACAGUAUUGGAUUGUUGUCUCUGAUAUUGAUAUUUAACGCUUAAAAUUAAAAAACAUUUAGGCUUCCAUCUAUUCCUGUCGACUCCUAAAGCUGCUGAACACUUCAAUCCUUCUAUCCUUUCAACCAAUUUCCUACCUUAGAACCUCUUCUUCUCCCUCGUCACCUCAACAACUCCUAAACAGAGAAGGAAGCCGUCUGGAUGUUGAAGUAUUUCAGAGGGAUAUUAUUUACUUGGGAGAUUUUAAUGCAUUUAGUAUUUAAGUAUUCACCUUUGUCAUGGACUCGUAUUGGAUUUUUACUAAUUUGCCCCUCAGUUGUCCAAUGACAUCCGCCCACCUCAUCACCUCGUUUUUCAUCCUGCAGUUCUCUACUUUGAGAAUGAUGGAAAGGAAAAAGAUGGAUGCUGUCACAUUCCUUCUCUUUCGCUCUUUCUUCUCUCUCUUUCAACUGGAAAACACCGGGUGCUCCCUCCAUCCCCUGCUACGAACCACAACAUUUUUUGUUCUUUAUUUAUCCACUCUUUUUUGCUGGAUCAAUCAUUUCACUCCUGUGAUAAACAAACGGACAAAUGGAUGGAUGACACUUCCUUCCGACUACUGAUUUACAAACAGACAAUACGUCUAUUUUUUAAGAGAAAACUAUAUGGAACAUUUUAAUUAUGUUGAUUGUUCUUGGUUUUGUUUAUUUGGUUUGUCCCACUCUCUCCCCUUCCUGGAUUUUUUUGCAAGAGACUGUACUGAUCCCCACCCGACGCAACACCACAGACACCACUGAUGCAAUAAACACUGGAGUUUGGAAAAACAUUCUAACGCUUGCACACAUUUACAAAAAUUGUUACUAUACAAUUGGUUAAUUCAUUUUUGAAUAAUUGAUAAGCAGAUCAAAUGUGAAAAUUGGCUUUUUGAUAUUCUAUAUUAUUGUAGAUUUAAUAUAACUUUGCCAUUUGGUCCGAUAGACAGCAUGAGGAAAAACUAUCUCUCGGCUCUUGGAAGUUGUGAAAGUCCAGGAAGUCCCAUAGGAAAUCGCAGGGAAGAGGUUGGAGUCGGGGGUCGCCAAAGAGCAAAAUUGAAAACUGCAGUUUUAUUGUUCAGGAAGGACCAAAGAAGAUGAAAUGGAAAUCAUAGUUGUCCUAUUAAGUAUAGUAAUACAAUUCUACACACAUUGUACACACACCAGGGUGGCCUACCUGGGCACUGCUGCUGCUGACCUCUCACCUUUGACCUCACCACCCACUCGGACGCCUGCUCCCGAUUGGCUGCAGGAGGUUGUUGGGCUGAACUCUGGUUGGUCAAUUCAGGAAGGGGGGUGGGAGGAAAUCCCAGGUGCAACAAAAAUAUAUAUAGAUAUAUUAAUGAAAAAACAAUUUCUAAAAAUGAUAUAUAGAAAAAAAAGAUGUUAUGUGAGAUGGGAUGCUUACACGCAGUGCUUUGUGGGAAAUGUAGUUUGAAGAAAACAAAUGUUUGUAGUUGUCUGCAGAGGCCGGAUCAACAGAAGAAGAGCUCGUAACCAGACAAGUCGCUCAGAAUGCAUUCAUCUUAGUAUUGUUAAUGUUAUUUAUUUUAUAUUUUGUUAAAACUGUGAUUUUAAUUGUAUAUAUAUAUAAACGGAAACCCUUGACCAUCCAA